GUUUCCGUCGCAAUCACUCAACCGAAACCUCGUUACUACAAUCUACUGAAAUGUGGUUGAAAUCAAUGGACCAGGGUCAAAUAAAUGGGGUUAUUUUCUUAGACCUGAAAAAAGCAUUUGAUACGAUUGAUCACCAGAUUCUAUUGUCAAAACUACAAGCUUAUGGGAUACGCGAUCACACGCUCAAAUGGUUCCAAUCGUAUUUAGAUCAAAGAAAGCAAAUUUGCAUGCUACAUAACUGUAAAUCUGAUAUUGAAACAAUUCGUUGUGGAGUACCUCAGGGUUCAAAUCUUGGACCUCUAUUAUUUUUCAUUUACAUAAACGACCUCCCAAACUGCCUAGAAACAACACACUCUAAUUUAUUUGCUGAUGACACAAUUUUAUCAUGUCAAGGGCAUUUAUCCACAGAUAUUGAAUACAAACUUAACAAGGACCUAGUAAAUGCUCAAAAAUGGUUAUCAGCGAAUAAACUAACAUUAAACAACGAAAAAAUCAAAUAUAUGAUUAUUGGAUCUCGGCAACGAUUGAAAAACGUAGAUCACGUGCCAAAAAUCAGUAUAAACGGACAUCAAAUUGAACGAGUUUAUAAAAAGGAAGCUUUGGGUAUAGUUAUAGACGAUAGACUUAGCUGGAAUAGGCAAAAUGAAGAACAAUGCAACAAGAUAUCAAAAAAUAUUAAUCUUUUAAGAAAAGCCAAAGAUUUUGUUGGCCUAG